UUGAAGAACCGCUCCUUCCGCGGUCUCCUAUGCCUCUGAAUCUCCUCCCUUCGCCCACUGCGUUUUUUCCCCUCCCCCCAUUAGCACCUCCAGCCCCUCACGCCAAAGGCAAACAAAAGAGGGGACAAGACAAACCAUCCCCUUUCUCCCUCUUGAACGUCGUCAAUAUCCUCUUCAUCUGGGGGUCCGCCUAUCUCUCCGUAUCCCUUUCUCUAUCACACUCGUAGCCGUUGCUCCUGUUGCCGUGGUCGUUGCCCCGUGUCUGUGUGUGUGUGUGUGUGUGUGUGUGUACGAAAGUGGAGAUGCAAAGCAGGGGGCGGUUCUCCUCACAAACAAACAAACGAAGAAAGGAGGAGAGAAGGAGGGAAAGAAUACCAGGCGUUGGUGGCUGGCUGGUUGGGUGGAUACAGCUUGGAUCAAACGGUUACGGUUACCGACACUCGAGGACGGUAGGGCUCCUCCUCCUCCUGUGGGUGGAU